GGGGGUUGAGUCGAUUCUCAGAGAUGGGGCCCCCCAACGUGGGAAUGCAGGAGGUUUUUGAUGUCCUGCCACUGUAUGGUGAGCUGCAGCCAGGAGAGAGCCAUCAGGUCAUCUUUACCUUCUUUGGCCACGCCAACAUCAUCGCCCGUUGUAUGGCGCUGUGCCACGUGGAGGGAGGCCCCACCUACAAGGUGGAGCUGAGCGGGCAGGCUUCGCGCCCCAGCUACCACCUGGACGUGGAGGAGAUUGACUGGGGGCUGCAGGUGUUUAACAAAGUCCUCAAAGCAAAGAUCACCCUGCGGAACACCGGGGUUAUGAAUUUCAACUACGUGGUGCGAGACUCCAGCACUGGCACUGCAGCAAAGCCUCUGCCUGGGGUGCCCGUGGUCGUGCCCGAGAGAGGCUCCAUUGCAGCUGGCAAGAAGCAAGUGCUCACAGUCUAUUAUCUGCCAGGAGAGCAAGGAGUCUUCCGCAGGACUUUCCGGAUCCAAGUGGCUUUCCUGGAACCGGCAGAAAUCGUCCUGAAAGGAACGGGGACCUUCCCCAGGCUUACCAAGAACCGACCCAGGAUGGGGGAAGGUGAGCACUAUCUGUCAUCUCCCAGGAAGAUCCCUGGUUUUUCCCCCUACCAUUGCACAUCGGGCAGCUCACACCCAUCUCCCCAAGUGUGGAAGUUGCAGGGCUGCCAGAGCAACACUUUGGCCUCUCUGCUUGCUUCCUGAGUUUUGAGCGGCUGAGUCCAUUUAGGCUUUUUCCCAGGAUCCUUUUCCCAGCAUCUUGGAAAGGCCUGCAAAGAUGAUGGCUAGGCAGAAAAGCUUGGGAAAGCUGUAAGGGAGGCUGGCAGGGCUUUUGGCAGGGUUGGAUGUGCGUGACAUUGCAGGGGAUGAGAUGAUCCCCUGGGAGGAGGAAGCUAAGUGAGAAUGAACAUGAGGAUUCAGAGGGGAGCAGCAGCAUCCUUUGUUUCUGGGAGAGGCCAGUGCUGGGGAAGUGGGACUUCUCACCUUAAAUGGGAUUGGCAGUGUGCCUCGUCUUCUAUUCAUGGAUAAUUUUUUCCUUCAGAAGAGGAGGAGAUACUGCAAGAGGAAGAGAAAAACCCAGAGGAAGAAGAAAAGGAUGAAUCAUCUGUCGCCAUCUG